AUGGAUAUUGGGCAGCGGCCAACAAAACACUUGAAUAGCAGCAUCAAGAACAACAUGGUGCAGUUUCUACUCAAGCACAGCCAUGAUGGAGUGCUCGCAAGAGGGGCUGUUAUGGAAGCAGCAGAUGCAUUUGAAGUUAGUAGGAAAACCGUGUACAGGGUAUGGAAGGCAGCCAAGGAGCUGAUGCAAAGGGGAGAACCUGCAAUUAUGCAAGGAAAGAUUAAAGGAUACCAUCAUGCUGAUCAAUUAAAAAUUGAUGAAGAAAAGGUUAGAAACUUAUCUACUCUUGAGAGAGCUUCACUGAGAAAAAUGGCGGUCAAAUUAAAUGUUAGCAAGAGCACAUUAGGUCAGUGGGUAAAGCAUGGUAAACUAAGGCCACAUACAAAUGCAAUCAAACCUGCACUCACCAAUGUCAAUAAGAUAGCAAGGGUUAGAUGGAGUCUUAGUCAACUUCAGCCACAAAUUACUCAAGGUAGAGUUCCAUAUCAAAGCAUGCACAAUGUAGUGCAUAUAGAUGAAAAAUGGUUCUAUAUGACCAAGGCCUCAGACAGGUACUACCUCUUGCCGGAUGAGGAUGAGCCAUAUAGGGCAUGCAAAUCAAAGAGAUUCAUAACCAAAGUUAUGUUUAUGUGUGCUGUCAGUAGACCACAUUUUGGUAUGGAUGGGCAGCCAACAUAUGAUGGUAAGGUGGGAAUAUUUCCCUUCACUGUAAGUAAUGCCAGCAUAGAGGAGAUCAAAGAACAGGCCCAAAGGGACCAUGAAAACCAAGGCAGUCCAUUCAGUAACAAAGGAAGUGAUGAGGGACUGCCUGAUCAACAAGGUAUAUCCAACUUUUUCAUGCUAUCAGAUCUUAACAACUCAUGA